AGUGAAGUACACCGACCAUUUUAAAAGGUGUAAUUGUUUCCAGGAUGGUUACAUUGAUCGUAACUUUCAAAUUCAAUAUGAUCGCAGUCAAGACUGUCAACUGGAAAAACAAUACGGCAAUGCGUUCCAGUUCAGACGGCGCUUCUCCACAUGCGAUCCAAAAGACUUCGCUUUUGAGGCAGCAGGAACAACUCACUUUAUUAUCGCCGGUGGAUAUGUCUUCACCCGUGAUUUCAACAGCGACUCUGUGAUUAAGGAUAUGAAAUUCAAUCUCUUACUGCAAACGGAUCAUCCGACUAUGCCCGUCGAACUUGAGAAAGGUCAUUUUAAAAUCCUGGCUGGCGGAGUACAUGUCCCCAACCAGGUGAACACGUACUGGUGUGUGAUAAGGAGAAUACCGAAAUCCAUUGCGCAAAAAAAGCACCACAUUAUUGGGGUAGGUAUUGUUGAGCUUGCCUUUUUUGAACGAUUUCGAGAAAUCACUAUGGUAAGGCCAUAUAUUCAGCAGGGUAACGAACAUGUUGUUCAUCACAUGGAGCAGAUCUUUGUUUGCGAAUCCGAAUAUCAAAGAGAAUAUGAUGGCGAAUGUGAUGCCCUUUCGAACUCAAAGGAGGCACGCAGUUGCAGUGGUGUCCUCGCAGCUUGGGCCAAAGGUGAAGGGGCGAUUUAUUAUCCUUCUGAAGCAGGUCGGCCUAUAGGUGGCAGAAAGGGGAAAAAGUAUGUGAAAGUAGAAAUUCACUACAAUAAUCCCAGAAAGUAUUCUGGCAUAAUCGAUGAUUCCGGUAUCGAGAUUGUCGUCACAACAAAUCUCAGAAAACAUGAUGCUGGAGUAAUGGAAGUUGGCCUUAUUUAUUCUGAUGCUAACUCUAUUCCACCUGGCCAGUCAGCUUUUCCAUUAACAGGGCACUGCACUGCGGAUUGCACAAACAAGUUGCCGGAAGAAGGAAUUUAUAUCUUCGGGUCUCAGCUACAUGCUCACAAAAUGGGUCGCAAGAUUGUCAGCAACCUGUACAGAAAUGGAGUGAAGAUUGCUGAGAUCAAUCGCGAUAACCACUUCACUCAUUACUGGCAGCAUUUCGUCCACCUUCGUCCUUACGUCCACGUUCUGCCAGGCGACGUUCUGUCCACAACAUGCGUGUAUGAAACUCUCUCGAGAGGUGCUGUCACAUUGGGUGGUUAUAGCCUAGAGGAGGAAAUGUGUGUUAACUACAUAUAUUAUUAUCCUGCCUCCAGCGUCGAAGUUUGUAAAUCGGCAGUGGAUAACACAACGCUGCAUAACUACUUCGAAUAUCAGUUGGUUAAACAAGAAGUCUUUGUUGCGAAGAAACUUAAUUUGUAA